AUGAAGCUUCUAAUUCUUCCGCUGCUUUUCAUAUGCACAUUAGGACUUGUUUCUAUUCCUCUAAGUCCUGUCAAUAAAACUCCUGAAGAGAAAUAUGCCUUUUUCAGAUACCUUAAAAUCCGAAGACUUCUUAAAGGAACUAAUAUUCCUUUGACAAAUUAUUUAGACGCUCAAUAUUAUGGCCCUAUCUCACUUGGGACUCCUCCUCAGCCAUUUAUAGUUGUUUUUGAUACAGGCUCUCCAACACUCUGGGUCCCAUCAUCAAAAUGCACGUCUUUAGCUUGCUCCUUGCAUCAUACUUAUAACUCAGCAGCUUCUUCUACUUAUGCGAAAAAUGGCACCUCUAUUAGUCUUCAAUACGGUAAAGGAGCUUGCAGUGGAUUUAUCUCCCAAGAUACGUUGACUUGGGGAGGCUAUACAGUUAAAAAUGUGCUUUUCGCUGAAAUGACAACUCUACCGGGAACAGCUUGGAUUACUAGCAAGUCUGAUGGGAUUUUAGGGAUGUCUUGGCAAUCAAUUUCUCCAGAUGGCCUGCCUCCAGCGUUUACUUAUUUAGCUGGGCAAGGACUGGUAUCAAGCAACUCAUUUGCAUUUUAUUUGACUAAAAACGAUAAUCAAGCUGGGAGCACUCUUACACUAGGAGGUUAUAAUUCAACAUUUUCUAAAGGAGACUGGCAUUAUGUGCCUUUAUAUAAGCAAGAAUGGUGGCUGAUUUUGAUGGACUCUAUUUCAGUUAACGGCAAAAAUGUUACUGGAAAGAACCUUCCUCCUAUCCAUGAACAAGCAAAACAAAUUUUGUUCGCACUUAAGGUUAACUUAUUUUUGAAAUUUUAGAAAAAUCCCAAUUCCCAAAAAUUGAAUGCUAAAUUAACUGCUAAAUUUAUGUUUUAAAAUGCAAACUGUUUAAAAUUCAGUAGAAUUAGCUAGAGAUUUCAUUAUAAUAAAUAUCACUUAUAUAUUAAAAUAUUUUUCAAAAUUAUACAUUAAAAAAUAUUUAUUAGCUUACAAAGGGUGCUUUUUUAUACCCAAAAAUAGUGAUUUUCCGAUGGCUUGUGCUCAGGGAGGGAGAGUUAAAGCUAUUGUAGACACUGGGACUACGUUGCUCAUGGGAGAUAGCAAAAUUGUAAAUCAGGUGGUGUCUAUGAUCCCAGCUGUUGCGGAAGAUUGCUCAAAUCUGUCUAGUCUUCCUACAGUGAAUAUUGUGCUGGGAGGAGUUAAUUAUGCGAUGCCACCGAGUGCCUAUGUCUGGCAGGUGGAGAGCGGAGGCCAAUAUGAGUGCAUCUUAGGGUGGGAACCUUUAGACAUGGGCUCUGAGCUAGAAAAUACAAUUAUUCUGGGAGAUCUUUUUAUUAGAACUUAUUACACCCUUUUUGACAUGGGAAAUUCAAGAGUUGGAUUUUCUACAGCUAUUUAA